AUGUCUUUGGUCAAUUCUUCAUCUACUCCAACAGAUCAAGUCGCCAAACAACGCGAAAUUCCCACGAGAUGCAAUUGCGGUGAGGCAGUGUCUCGUUUCACUUCAAACACAGUUAAAAAUCCAGGAAGAUUAUUUCAUCGUUGUCCGAUGGGAUCUGAGAAGUCGGUUCUUGAGGAAAUUGAAGACUUCCAUGACCUGUUUGACGUGCUGCUUGUUGACAAUAUCAAGUUUCAGAAAUCAGUGAGAGCUGGUGAGGCCAUGAUGAAAGGUCAUGAGAUUAGAAUUGAAGAGAUGGAAGAUGCAAUUGCACGUUGUGAAGAGAAGAUCACAUAA